UUAGCCGUUUAGGAGAGAUAGAGAGCGCGCUGCGGCUGCGUUUUGAAUAACCGAUCAAACUCUCCUCGUUUACGUAUUGUUUCUAUUACGAGAUGUCAAAACGGCAUCGCCUGGAUUUAGGCGAUGACUAUUCGUCGAGCAAAAAGAGAUCUUCUGACGGAAAGGACCGUGACCGAGAUCGAGAUGACCGGUCGAAGGAUCGUGACCGCGACAGAGACAGAGACCGUGAUCGGGAAAGAGAGAGAGACCGAGAGAUCAAGGUCCCGAGUGUGGCCCUCAGCUCCAGUGUGUCUGGUGUCAUUGGGCUGCCUACCAUGAAGCAGACCGCCAUGCAACAGCAGAUCAACCCCUUCACCAACUUGCCUCACACGCCACGAUACUACGAGAUCCUCAAGAAGAGGCUGCAGUUGCCUGUCUGGGAGUACAAAGAACGCUUUAAUGACAUCCUCACCCGUCAUCAGAGCUUUGUGCUGGUUGGAGAGACAGGCUCUGGAAAGACCACACAGAUCCCACAGUGGUGUGUAGACAUGGUGAGGUCUCUCUCAGGCCCUAAACGUGGUGUAGCCUGUACACAGCCACGUAGGGUUGCCGCCAUGAGCGUGGCACAGAGAGUGGCAGAUGAAAUGGACGUCAUGCUGGGGCAGGAAGUUGGAUACUCCAUCAGAUUUGAGGAUUGUAGCUCUGCAAAGACCAUACUGAAAUACAUGACAGAUGGUAUGUUGCUCCGUGAGGCAAUGAACGAUCCCUUGCUGGAGCGUUACGGUGUCAUAAUUCUUGACGAGGCUCACGAGCGUACACUAGCCACAGACAUUUUGAUGGGCGUCCUUAAAGAAGUGGUCCGUCAGAGGAGUGACCUAAAGGUCAUUGUAAUGAGCGCCACCCUGGAUGCUGGGAAGUUUCAGGUUUAUUUCGACAGCUGCCCCUUGCUCACCAUUCCUGGCAGGACGCAUCCCGUGGAGAUCUUCUACACGCCCGAGCCAGAGAGGGACUACCUGGAGGCGGCAAUCCGCACAGUCAUCCAGAUCCAUAUGUGUGAGGAAGAUGAGGGAGAUGUACUGCUCUUCCUCACCGGACAGGAGGAAAUUGAUGAAGCCUGCAAGCGAAUCAAACGUGAGAUUGAUGAUUUGGGCCCUGAGGUUGGAGACAUCAAAAUCAUCCCACUGUACUCCACCCUGCCGCCACAGCAACAGCAGAGGAUCUUUGAGCCUCCUCCACCCCGCAAACCCAGUGGAGCCAUAGGCAGAAAGGUUGUGGUUUCUACAAACAUUGCUGAGACAUCCCUGACCAUCGAUGGUGUGGUGUUUGUAAUUGAUCCUGGCUUCGCCAAGCAAAAGGUGUAUAACCCUCGCAUUCGAGUUGAGUCUCUUCUCGUAACGGCUAUUAGUAAGGCUUCAGCCCAGCAGAGAGCAGGCCGUGCCGGACGUACACGCCCGGGAAAGUGCUUCCGACUCUACACCGAGAAGGCGUACAAGACUGAGAUGCAGGACAACACAUAUCCUGAGAUUCUAAGGUCCAAUUUGGGCUCUGUGGUGCUCCAGCUCAAGAAGCUUGGGAUUGAUGACUUGGUGCAUUUUGACUUUAUGGACCCACCAGCUCCUGAGACGUUGAUGCGAGCACUGGAGCUGUUGAACUAUUUGGCUGCUCUGAAUGAUGACGGUGACCUGACGGAACUGGGCUCCAUGAUGGCUGAGUUCCCUCUCGACCCCCAACUCGCCAAAAUGGUCAUAGCCAGCUGCGAAUUCAACUGCUCCAAUGAGAUCCUCUCCAUCACUGCAAUGCUAUCAGUCCCACAGUGCUUUGUGCGCCCCACCGAAGCCAAGAAGGCUGCUGACGAAUCCAAAAUGAGGUUUGCCCACAUUGACGGGGACCAUCUGACCUUGCUCAACGUCUACCAUGCCUUCAAACAGAACCAUGAGUCUGUGCAGUGGUGCUAUGAUAACUUCGUUAACUACCGCUCACUGAUGUCGGCUGAUAACGUGCGGCAGCAGCUCUCACGCAUCAUGGACCGCUUCAACCUUCCACGUCGCAGCACAGAAUUCACCAGCCGAGAUUACUACAUCAACAUCCGCCGUGCUCUUGUCACAGGAUUCUUCAUGCAGGUUGCUCACCUGGAGCGCACUGGGCACUAUCUGACGGUGAAGGACAACCAGGUGGUCCAGUUGCACCCAUCUACCGUACUGGACCACAAGCCAGAGUGGGUUCUCUACAACGAGUUUGUGCUGACCACCAAGAAUUAUAUCCGCACCUGCACUGAUAUAAAACCUGAAUGGUUGGUGAAAAUUGCUGCACAAUACUAUGAAAUGGGCAACUUCCCUCAGUGCGAGGCUAAAAGGCAAUUGGAGCGCAUCGUUGCUAAACUUCAAACCAAGGAAUACUCUCAAUAUUGAAUCUCCUCAAUGGUUUAAAGACAAUACACGUUUUGAAUUCAGUAUGCGCGUUGCAAUGCUUCUUUGAACUCUGAAGAUUUACAUCGUCACACAUCAUCAUUCAACAUUAGGUUUCCGUCUGUGCUUUCCUGUUUUGAUUUGUUGUUGAGAUAUAAUUAUUUUUUUAUAAUUCUUUUGCUCCCAUUCGCUUCCAUGUGUUUCUGCUCCUGAUAAUAGCAUAUUGUUAAAUUGUCACUCAAGGCAUUAAGGAUUGGUUGGGAGCAAAUGCUAAACAGUGAUACUACCAUCAACUGUUUUUGCAUGAGCAUUCAUGUGGAUGUUGACAUUCCUUAUUGACAUUGAGAAUUUAAUGCUAUUGAGUAGAGAAGUUUGUUUAUUCUGUAAAGGAGCUUUUACUUCAAUAAUAAUAAAGAAACAAACCCUUUAU